AUGUCGAGUUUCGAUCCCGUCGUCGUCAUCGAUGGCAAGGGACAUCUCCUGGGUCGCUUGGCCAGUACCGUGGCCAAGCAGCUGCUUAACGGCCAGAAAAUUGUCGUCGUCCGAUGCGAAGCUCUCAACAUCUCUGGCGAAUUCUUUCGUGCAAAACUAAAGUAUCUGGCAUACCUACGCAAGAUGACUCGUUACAAUCCCACUCGAGGAGGUCCCUUCCAUUUCCGCGCCCCUUCCCGUAUCUUCUAUAAGACGGUACGCGGUAUGAUUCCCCACAAGACCGCUCGCGGCGCUGCUGCUAUGGAACGUCUAAAGGUGUUCGAGGGUGUUCCCCCACCGUAUGACAAGAAGAAGCGCAUGGUUGUACCACAAGCGCUGAGAGUAUUGAGGCUGAAGCCGGGGAGGAAGUACUGCACUGUUGGCAGGCUGAGUCAUGAAGUUGGAUGGAAAUACAAGGACGUUGUUGAGAGAUUGGAAGAGCGGAGAAAGGUCAAAGGGGCUGCAUACUAUGAGCGCAAGAAGGCAGCGAGGAGGCAGCUGUCGGAGGCGCAAAAAAACGCGAAGGUGGAUGACAAGACCAAGGCUCAGCUUGCUGAGUUCGGCUACUAG